AUGGAUCUAACCAGUUUAUCUCUUGAUGAAAUUAUUGCGCAUCAAAAGAGUAUUCCAACUGGUCAGUGGGACCAUGGUGGAUUUGAAGAAUUGUAUGGCUGUGCAUCUCGUGACACUGCUCCAUUUUCUUCAUUGCGUCGUGGUCAACAAGUUAUCAAUCGUAUUGAUUUGGCCAGAAAAGUAGGAAUUCAUAUCAUAAAUGUAGCGCCAACUGUUGGUCCAGGUGAUCUUAAGGAACUUUUCAAGCAGUAUUUGAUUUCUUCAAUUAGCAUCAAUUACAAUAUAAAUGGUGAAUCAUUAGGUACAGCUGAUGUCGUGACGGAUCGAGCUACUGCUAGGGAACUGAUCGCCAAUCUGAACGGAGUAGUACUCGAUACUUUGUUGAGUCCAUGUGUUGCAGAUUUUGCAAUGCAUUUUUAUAUGAUUGAUUGCUCACCGAUAUUACUUGGUCCUACGACUAAUAUGAAAAAUCGUUUGGCCUUUAAUAUUCACUUAGAUAAAACUAGAAGACCUUAUUUAACUCCAGAUCGUAUGCACAAAAGAUACAUUCAUAUGCGAAUGAUUGGGGGACAGCUUGAUCGGGAACUUGAGGAGUACAUGAUUAAACGUAAUGAAAAUAAAAAGCGAUUUGCAAAGAGUGAAUUAUAG